AUGGAGUGGGGUGGGGACGAUGAGGACCUCUCUCUCUUCGACGCAGACGAUGACGAUUUCCGCGAAGCUGCCGAAGUGCGGCCGGCCCUCCUAACUUCGAUCGCCCGGCCGGCGGCGCCCUCCGCGCAGCCCGCCGCCGCAACUCCUGCCGAGAUUCUCGCCGCAGUUCCCGUUCUGGCGACUUCCGAACCAGCCGCACCGUCGAAAUCGGAUUAUAUUCCUGGAGCAGCUCCGAAGCUGACUGACAGUCAGGGUCGGGUUGGGGAGGCUCGGAUUGGCGAGGAUCGGAUUGGGAAGGUUGAGAUUAGCGCAAGUGGGGCAGGCGGAACAAGCGGAGUAGGCGGAGGGGAAGCGGGGGAAGGUGGGGGAAGGGAGGGAGAAAGCGGUGCAGUGGGGGAGAGUGGGAUUGGAAGGGAUGCAGAGGAGGAUGAAACGGACGGAGAGGGCGGCGAAAAGGAAGAGACCGGGUUGGAUGGAGAAGAGGAGGACGCGAGUGGGUUGUCGCACGCGGGAUUUGCUAAUAACGGAGCAGAUCCUAGCGGGGCUGCUGCUACUAACGAGGGGUCUGCUAACGAGGAUGAAUCGGAGCAGGAAACGGGCGAGCGGGAAGGAGAAGAGGAGAGCAAACUCGCCCCCAUAGGGGGGACUCCUUCCACAGCAGGGAUUUCCUCAAAUCCCUCCACAGGGGGGAUUGCCGCAGCAACCCCAGAUGCAGGUACCCUCAAGGAAGGUUUUCUGCGGCAGGUGGAUGAGUGGAAGGCUGCUUUGGCCCGGGAGAAGGAUGCCAGAGUGGCAGCAGAGGAGCAGGCGAAACGGGCAGAAAGAAAGGCUUCUUGCGCGGCUGAAGAAGCUGCCCGGGCAGCAGACGGGCAGCGGCGGGCAGAGGCUGAACGGGCAGAGAUGGAGAGAACGAAAGCUGAGAUGCUGAAAAAGCUGCGGCAUAUAGUAGAGGAGGCUGUGAAGAGAAAGAAGGAGGCUGAGGAGGAGAAAACCGUUGCCGAAGCUGCCGCCGCAGCUGCGGUGAAGGAUCGGAACGAGGCUCGAAAAGAGCGGGACGAGGCUCGGAGCGAGAGAGAUGGGGCCGUUCAGGAGAAAGAGCGGGCUGUGAGGGAAAGAGAGGCGGCUAUCAGUAAACUGGAGCGGCUUAUAAAGGAGCGAGAUGUGGCGGUAAGGGAGCGGGAGAGUGCGGUGAAAGAUAUUACGAAACGGUUGAGUAGUGAGAGGGAUGCUGCAGUGAAGGAGCGAGAGGUGGCAGUGUUACAGAGGGGGGCGGCUGUAAGGCAUGUAGAGGCUGUGGAGGGGAGUGUGCGGCGUGCUGUGGGGAAACUGGGGAGGGAGGCGGAGCGCAUUGAGCGGAUGUUUGAAGGGAUGAUUAGUGUCAAGAUGGGUGAGGGGAAGAUGGGUGAGGGGAAGAUGGGUGAGGGGAGGAGAAGUGAGGGAGAAGUGGAGGGAAGGAGUGGUGGUGAUUGUGGUGGUGAAGGAAUGAGUAACUCCGGUACCGGCACCGCCACUAAGUCAGUGCGACGGCAGCGAGAGGAGAUGGAGGAGAGAGCAGUUGCAAUGGCUGUAGAGGUGUCUCAGUUAGAGUCUGAUGUUGUUGAUGCAAAGAGAGAGGUUGAGAGAGUGAGAAAGGAAGGGGAGGAGGAGGUGGAGCGAGUGAGAAAGGAGGGGGAGAGGAGGGUGGAGGAGGAGGGAGGAGGGGAGAGGUGGAGGGCGGCUGGAGGAGGCGGAGAGGAGAAGAGUGGGGAAGAGAAGGAAGGGAAGGAAGGCAAGGAUAGAGAGGAGGAGGAGGAAGUGCAGGAGGGUUUGGAGGGGAUUAGAUGGGUGGAAAGACGGUUAGAGGAGGCUGAGAAGGCUGUAAGCGAUUGGAGGAGCAAGGAGAGAGAGGCGCAGAGCCGUGCCAUCAGUGCUGAAACGAAGCUGGCAGGCAAGGAGAGGGAGAUAGAGCUGUUGCAACAGCAUGUGGAAGAGGAGAGGAGGGAGAGGAAGGAGGAGAUGGAAAAGAGCAGGCACGAGUUGCAGCAGGUGGAAGGGGCAUUGCGCAAGGAGAGGGAAGCUGGGAGGAGAUUGAGAGAGGCGUUGGAGGGGUCGGAGAGAGAGGGGACGCGGGCAGCAGAGCAGAUCACGGCACUCCAGGCGAGUCUGGCUGAGUGUGAGGCGGAGGCGGGCAGAUGGCGAGAAGCGGCCAAGGAGGAGGCAGCAGCGGGCAGUGCAGUGGCUGAAGAGAUGGAGGAGAUGCGAGGGCAGCUUCUCACAUUGGAGGGUGAAGCAGAGAAGUGGCAGAGGGCAGCAGAGGAAGCACAAGCCAUGCUGGCAUCACGCGAUGAGCUGGCAGCAGCAGCAGUUGCCGCCCGGGAAGCAGCGGAGCGCUCGCUCCGGGCGGCGGAUAGGCGGGUGGCGGAGCUGCGGGAACGAGUGGAGGAAUUGCAGCAGCAGCUAGAAGACGAAACGACCCACCGUAGCGGAACGAGGGGGUAUCGCUUGGAAGCCAUGUCGAGACCUGCAUAA